AUGAAAGAAGAGAUAAGGAAAGAAUUUAAUUUUAAUUUAUCAUAAAUUUCUUAUCCAGAACUGGACAAAAUGAAAAAGGAGUGUUUGUUUAAAUAAAUACUUUUUUACACUACAAUUGAAAUUUCUUAGAUUAAUUCAGAGGAGGAAGCAGAGUGUUAAAAAUAGUUCUACAUAAAUAUAAAUUUAUUUAAAUUAAUGUAGAGUCUUAGCGUAUCUUUUUAAUUUUAUAAAAUAUCUGAUGGGACUAAGAUAUUUUUAUUUUUUACCAAGUAAACCAAGUAAAAAAGCUUUAACAAAAAAAUUCAAAUAGAUCUCAAAAGUUUAAGAAAGCGGGGAGAAAAGUACUUAAAAACAUAAUGCUGGAAUUAUUUUAUUAUCAUUAUCAAAAUAUUUUAGUUUUAGAAAAAUGAUUGUAGCUUACUGCAAAGACUUUUAAAAAGAAGAACAAGGAUCAAGCAACUGUAAAAAAUGUGUUAUAGUGGCAAAAAACAAAAUUAAUUUUUUGCAGAUAGCUCGCCUUGA